AUGGGGAAGGCAGUUAGCGUGCUACGUUCUGGCGGGAAGGAGAGGAAAACCAAACGACUGUUCCGCCGAACCGUCUCCCAGCUAGAGCGCAUCACCAACUUCAGCAAGACCGAGAUCAAACAGUGGCACAAGCUGUUCCUGAAGGACUGCCCGAGCGGCCAGCUCACAGAGGAGCACUUCGUCUCGUUCUACGUCGGUUCUUUCCAGUCGGGCGACUCCAGAAGGAAAGCCGAGCUGGCGACGCAGAUCUUCCGCACGUUUGACAGAGACGGUAGCGGGACGAUAGAUUUCAGGGAGUUCAUGUGUGGCAUGAACGUUCUGAUGCGCGGCAGCAUCACGGAGAGGUUGAAGUGGGCCUUCUACAUGUAUGACCUGGAUGGCAGCGGGUCCAUCAGCACAAACGAACUCCUCGAUGUCUUGAAGUUGAUGUACGAGAUCCGGUACCCAGAGUACGGUCUGGAGGAGUUGGAGAAGACGGAGCCUCAGCUACAGAUGCUAGCCGAGAGGAUAUUUCAGGAGCUGGACGAAGACGGUAACGGAGUUCUGCAGAUGAAGGAGUUUGUUGAAGGGAUCCGUAUGAAGCCUUACCUGCUGAGCCUGGACGUGGAGGGAGGGAGACUUCUCAUCUUUGAGUGA